GAGAGUGCGAUAACGAGGGAAUCGAAUCGUUACGGACCCAAGCUCAAACUCGGCGUGUGCCCGCUCACGGUCACGCAGUCAGCACCGCGCGCUCCCGUGCGAGGCGAUUUUUUUUGCAUUAAACGCGCAAACGAAACUUUAAUAUUUUGUGUCGGAGUAAAACACCAAUAACUGGUGAUCGUACGUUUUUGUUACAUUAGGCGGGGGUGUCUCAGUGUUAACCCGCCCAGCAGAAGACGGGAAAGCGGCUCGGAGAAGGCUCGGGCGGGCGACGCCCGUGACCGGUGGAGCGAUGCCGGCGUACUACGAGGACAAGCCGGUGGACUCACGCCCGUGCGCGGGACUGCGCGAGGAUCUACGCUCGUGUCUCGUGAAGAGCGACUGCGUCAAGGCAGGGAACAGCGCCAAGGUGUGCCUGCGGACCGACAGCACCCUCGAACCCAUGUGCAGAGCCCUGCAGAUGUCCUUCUUCGAAUGCAAGCGAUCUCUGCUGGACAACAGAACACGUUUUCGAGGGCGGAAGGGUUACUGAGCAGUGUUGAAACAAGGGGACAUCUCGACCAUUUAUUAAACACAAUGACCCAGCAUCACCGUUGUCUCUUGGAAUGGCUACGAUUAUGCUUUGUUUUGUUUAACUACUUUGUAAAAAGCAUACAACCAAUAAUAAAUAAGUGAAAACAAA